AUGGAGCACCAACUAAAAAUACAGGAGGAGAUAUGGACCAUAGUCCAGAUCGGACUCAUUUCCCCCAUCGAAGACGGAGUACCCAUCACCUGUGACAAGUGGGAUGCACAAAUGAUAAGAAAUUUCGAGACAAAUGCAAAAGCAACCUGUAUUCUCCUAUGCGGGCUGACAAAUUCAGACCUUGAUCGAGUUGGAAGGUUCAACACUGCUAAGGAGCUUUGGGAGAAACUGCUCAAGCUUCAUGAGACUCCUUCAGAAGUUGAACAAGACUGCGAACUCGAAAACGAAUCUCCAAAGUCAACCUCCGAACCAGACUCAGAAGAAACAGACCAGACCAAUUUCAUAACAUUAAUGGCCAGAGAGGAAAUUGUUGAAUCUGAAUCUGAACUCGAGGUGGCAACAGUCAAGGGGGAGUAUCCUGUCAUGAAUCUGAGAGCUCUCGACAUCCUGUCAGCAACUCUUAGCACAACGUGGCGCUGCUCGACAACUCACGGUGUCCACGACUCAUCUACUCGGCACGUGGCUCGGCUCGCUAGAGUCGACAGUUUGAGAUUAUCUGCUCAAACCUACUUGAUUACUCGUUCUGUUGAUAUGGCGGCAGAAAAUGUUGAGAUGCAACAGGCUCAACAUGUGCCGGCCUCCUCUGCCCCGAUUGGGAAUGUGCCAAUCAAUCACGGGGAAAAGCCAGAAAAAUUCACAGGAGUGAAUUUCAAGCGGUGGCAGCAGAAGAUGUUCUUCUACUUAACCACGCUAGGUCUGGCACGUAUCUUGACCGAAGAAAUUCCCAAGGUUGUUAAGGGUGUAGAUGAGGUAAACACCCUCCUUCUGCUCGACAAAUGGAACGAGUCUGAGUUCCUCUGUCGAAACUACAUCCUUAACAAUCUUGCUGACUCACUCUAUCUUGUGUAUUGUGAGAUAAAAACGGCAAAGGAACUGUGGGAAUCUCUGGACAAGAAAUAUAAAUCGGAGGAUGCUGGGACCAAAAAGUUUAUUGUUGGUCGUUUCCUGGACUAUAAGAUGAGUGACUCGAAGUCUGUAAUCAGUCAAAUCCAGGAGCUUCAAGUACUCUUACAAGAAAUUCACUCAGAAGGUAUGACUCUGAGCGAAACCUUCCAAGUGGCAGCUAUCAUCGAAAAGCUACCAACUGGCUGGAAGGACUUUAAGAAUUAUCUGAAGCACAAGCGGAAGGAAAUGAACCUGGAGGAACUUGUUGUUCGCCUUCGUAUAGAAGAAGCCAACAAGAAUUCGGAGAGAAAACUGUUCUCUCAGGCUACUGCUUCAGAUUGUAAAAGGCCAAAGAAGAAAAAACCUGAGGCCAACCUGGCGGGAGAACAGGAUAUGGAUCUCUGCGCUGUGAUUUCUGAAGUGAACCUAAUAGACAGAGAUGCUGUCUUAGAAAGUUCCAACUUGAUGAAUGCAAUCAGAUUUUCUGACAUAAUCGUCUCAUCGAGUUGCAAAUUGAAGUUCAUUGUUAUUACCAUAUAUAACCAUCUUGAGGUCAUCCCUGCUAUCCUUUCUUUACCUGCAACUGACACACAGAUAAGAUAA